GUUAAAUUCCGUAGUAGCCCCUGCUUCCCCACUCAAAGCCAGAGGACGGUCUUCAAUCAUCAUCUCGACCUACCGCCGCCUCCCAAAACCCUUCCCUCUUCUCUCUUCCCGUCGCCGUGAUCUUCGCCUCUCCGGUUCUCCGUAUCUCACCGAUGGCUGGAAAGUCCAACAGGGGUAAGAACAAGGGCCGAGCACUGAAUUCUAAUUCUGUCAAGGCAUCAGAAACACAACUAAAACCAAAUGAGUCCUUGACACCCUCGAACAAUGUUUCUGAUUCGGUGAGAGCUUCUCAUGAUGAUGAACACGUGCUAGAAGAGUUAGUUAGUAAAUCUAUUGCAGUACCCGAGAGUGGAGGCAAUGGGGAAAGCACAAAUAGUCAGACAGUAGCAACAGCCAAACAGGCUGAAGGCGAUAUUCAUCUCUAUCCUGUCCAGGUCAAAGCACUUUCAGGUGAAAAACUGGAGUUACAGCUAAGCCCUGGUGAUUCUGUGAUGGAUGUCAGACAAUUUCUUCUUGAUGCUCCUGAAACUUGUUUCUUUACUUGCUAUGAUUUGAUUCUGCAUACUAGAGAUGGGACAUCUCAUUAUUUAGAAGAUUACAAUGAAAUUUCUGAAGUUGCAGACAUUACUUCUGGCGGUUGCUCCAUAGAGAUGGUUGCUGCAUUAUAUGAUGAUAGAUCCAUUAGAUCUCAUGUGGGCCGGGCCAGAGAAUUGCUCUCUCUUUCUAGUUUUCAAACCUCUCUGUCAACACAUCUGGCUUUGCAGCAUGAAAGCACUCAACAAAAAACUGCAGAUGCUGCAAAAAUGGAAUCUGCAGAGCAGGAUGGAUUGGGAUUUAUGGAGGAUAACAAUGAUGCUCUUUCUGAUUUGGUCUUUUCAGUGCCUUCUAAGGAGAUCAAAUGUGUCGAGAGCAUAGUGUUUUCUACUUUUAAUCCACCUCCAUGUUACAGGAGAUUAGUUGGAGAUCUGAUCUAUAUGGAUGUAGUGUCACUAGAAGGAAACAAAUAUUGUAUCACAGGAACCACUAGAAGUUUCUAUGUGAAUUCUAGCACAAAUAUUUUGGACCCCAAACCAUCUAAACCUGCUUAUGAGGCAAGCACUUUAGUUGGUUUGCUGCAAAAGAUCAGUUCCAAGUUCAAGAAAGGUCUUCGUGAAAUUUUGGACCAGAAAGCAUCUGCUCAUCCUUUUGAAGGUGUUCAAUCACUUUUGCCCCCAAAUACAUGGCUAGGAUCCUUUCCUAUUCCAGAGCAUAAAAGAGACCCAGCAAGAGCAGAGGAGGCUCUUACCCUUUCAUUUGGGAGUGAACUUAUUGGUAUGCAGAGAGAUUGGAAUGAAGAGUUGCAGUCAUGUCGGGAGUUUCCUCAUAAAACACUGCAAGAAAGGAUUCUGCGGGGAAGAGCGCUUUAUAAGGUAACUUGUGAUUUUGUUGAUGCAGCAGUUAAAGGUGCAAUGGGAGUCAUCAACAGAUGUAUUCCGCCUAUUAACCCAACAGAUCCUGAGUGUUUCCAUAUGUAUGUGCAUAACAACAUUUUCUUUAGUUUCGCUGUGGAUUCUGACCUUGGACAUGUUACCAAAAGUCAAGAGAUUCUUAAGUUUAACUCUCAAACUGUUGCUGAGAACUCCACCAAUCAAACUUCAUGUAAUUCUUUGACGAGGACCUCUGAUAAUAAGUUGGUUGGGGCUACUACAAACUGCAAUUUGGUCACGUCCAAGAGCUCAGAUGUGGAACAAAACCCAGGUGCUUCAGAUAUUUCAACUGAUGCAUCUGCUGAGGCACAGAUCAGUGAUAGUGAGCAGGCCACACAUGCUUCUGCAAAUAACGAUCUUAAAGGAACAAAAGCCUACCAAGAAGCAGAUGUUUCUGGACUUCAUAAUCUUGCAAUGGCUAUUGUUGAUUACAGAGGCUAUCGAGUGGUAGCACAGAGCAUCAUUCCUGGUAUUCUUCAAGGUGACAAAUCAAAUUCCCUGGUAUAUGGUUCUGUUGAUAAUGGAAAGAAGAUAUCCUGGAAUGACUCAUUUCAUGCCAAGGUUGUUGAGGCAGCCAAGCGCCUCCACUUGAAAGAACACUCUGUUUUAGAUGGAUCUGGAAAUGCCAUCAAAUUAGCCGCUCCAGUUGAAUGCAAGGGUAUCGUAGGUAGUGAUGACAGGCGCUAUCUUUUGGAUUUAAUGAGAGUCACUCCUCGUGAUGCAAAUUACAUUGGCCCCGAGUAUCGUUUUUGUGUCUUGAGGCCUGAACUUGUUGCAUCAUUUUGUCAGGUUGAAGCUGCAGAGAGGUCAAGCUCUAGUUCUGGAAAUACAGCACAAGCUGCAGAAGCACCAGAUCACCCAGAUACAAUUCGUACUGAUAUCACAGUUGGCACGGGAGAUCACUUAAAAGAGGAGGAAUGUACCCUUGCACCUGUUAGUCAUAGUAUUUCACCUGAUGAAAUACUUCUGAAUCCAAACGUGUUUACUGAAUUUAAACUGGCAGGCAACCAAGAGGAAAUUGUUGCAGAUGAAGCAUUGGUCAGGAAAGCUAGUACUUAUCUUGUUGAUAUAGUUCUUCCAAAGUUUGUUGAAGAUCUUUGCUCGCUUGAUGUCUCACCAAUGGAUGGUCAAACAUUAGCCGACACACUCCAUGCUCAUGGAAUUAAUAUACGUUACCUUGGAAAAGUUGCUAAUAUGGUUAAGCAUUUGCCACAUCUAUUGGAUAUAUGCUCUCUUGAGAUUAUCGUUAGGUCCACAAAGCACUUUCUAAAGGAUUUACUAAGGGAAUCUGAAGAUCAUGAUCUUGGGCUGGCUAUUUCUCAUUUCUUUAAUUGUUUCAUUGGGAAUGUUUUACCUGUUGGCUCAAAGGGGAAUUUGGACAAUGUGCAAUUGAAAGUCCAAAAGAAAGGACUGGAUCAUCACUCGAAGCACAAGUAUAUGAAGGGACAAAUGAGGUGGAACCAUGGAGAUUUUUCUAGGAAAAACCAACUGGCACAUGCACUUUUAACUUCUGAAGGACUAUGGUCUCAAAUUAAAGAGUUUGCACAAUUUAAAUAUCAGUUUGAAUUACCAGAAGAUGCAAGGAUUCGAGUGAAAAAGAUUGCAGUUAUUCGUAAUCUGUGCCAAAAGGUAGGGAUCACAAUUGCUGCAAGAAGGUGUGAUUUUGAUGCUCCAUCACCCUUUCAAGCCUCAGAUAUUUUGAAUCUCCAAACAGUGGUAAAGCAUUCUGUUCCAUCAUGUUCAGAAGCAAAGGAUCUAAUGGAAUCUGGGAAAGCAAAGUUAGCUGAGGGACUCCUCAAUGAGGCUUAUACGCUUUUUUCAGAAGCCUUCUCUAUACUUCAACAAGUGACUGGCCCUUUGCACCGAGAUGUCGCUAGCUGCUGUCGGUAUUUGGCAAUGGUUUUAUAUCAUGCUGGCGAUAUGGCAGGUGCAAUCGUCCAACAGCACAAGGAACUGAUUAUAAAUGAGCGAUGCCUUGGUCUAGAUCACCCUGAUACUGCCCAUAGCUAUGGCAACAUGGCACUCUUUUAUCAUGGACUUAACCAGACAGAACUCGCCUUGCGUCAUAUGUCCCGAACGCUGCGAAUACUAAGUUUAUCAUCGGGGUCUGAUCACCCUGAUGUUGCAGCAACAUUCAUAAAUGUUGCUAUGAUGUACCAGGAUAUUGGGAACAUGAAAUCUGCACUACGGUAUUUGCAAGAAGCAUUGAAAAAGAAUGAACGGCUUCUCGGCCCUGAUCAUAUUCAAACCGCAGUCUGUUAUCAUGCUCUUGCAAUUGCAUUUAACUGUAUGGGUGCCUACAAACUUUCUAUUCAGCAUGAAAGCAAAACUCAUGAUAUACUUGUUAAGCAACUCGGAGAGGAAGAUCCCAGGACACGGGAUUCAGAAAAUUGGAUAAAGACAUUUAAAUUACGUGAGCAGCAGGUGAAUGCACAAAAGCAAAAGGGACAAGCUGUGGAUCCAGCUUCUGCCUUAAAGGCUAUUGAUGUUUUGAAGGCAAAUCCUGAGCUGGUACAAGCAUUCCAAGCUGCAGCUAAAUCUGGGAAUUCCAGCAAUUUGGUAAACAAAUCUCUAAAUGCAGCUGUGAUUGGUGAGGCACUUCCUCGUGGAAGAGGAGUUGAUGAGAGAGCCGCUCGAGCUGUUGCAGAAGCACGCAAGAGAGCUGCAGCCAGAGGCAUCCUCGUACGCCCGAGCGCGGCUCCUAUGCAACCAUUACCCUCAUUGUCGCAACUUGUGAACAUCAUAAAUUCAAGCACUGCUACCGAUACCCCUGCUACUGUCCAACCGCAAUCAAAUGAAGCUGAAGCAAGCCAAGCACAACCAAAUGAACCCAAGGAGGCAGCCAAUGGUGGCCCCAUUCAAGACAGUUCCACGAGAUCUCCCAAUUCAAAUGGUUCGGUCAGCAAGGAUCAAGCGCCAGUUGGAUUGGGGACGUCGCUGGCCUCUCAAGAAUCAAAGAAACAAAAACACAAAUCCAAAUCAACAGUAUGAAGACACAAAAUAUCGAGCUAGUUGCUUUGCAAAUCAGUCUCUUGGUUCAUCGCAAUUGGAGCCAUACUCCACCACCGAACCAUUGCCAACACACGGCGACUAUAUUAUUAACAGUGUGACGGUAGUUAGAAGCCAUAAAACAGCCCAAGAGUGCCUGCCGAAGCUGGCCAUUGCAAUUUUUCUCCCUCACUUUGCAUUCCAAAGAAUCUGUCUAAAUUCGAAAUAAAUUCAGUUAUAGGUGAUACUAUAAAACACUUAUCAGGCUUGAAUUAGAAUAAGUGGUUUAUUAAACCCCUUAUUUUGUAUCCCACGACUGUGUCUGUUGUCUGUUAUUCCAAUGUACCGCGGUCUGCUCCGGUCACUUAUCCAACGAAGGAUGCGCCUUUUGAGCGUCCUUAAAUGUUCUUCGCCAACAUUUGUUUUAUGCAUGGAAUUGCAAGUUUAUUCAA